AUGGGUAUUCCUGGGCUCAUAAAUGCCAUUGGCCCAGGAGAGCGUAUCUCUCUGGCCAAGUUGGCAGUGACGCACCUGGAACGGACAGCAAGGCCGAUCCGCAUUGCAGUAGACAUUUCGAUCUGGCUCUUUCAAGUCCAAGCAGGUCGAGGAGGAAGAAACCCAGAGCUACGCACACUAUUUUAUCGAUUAUUGAAGUUACUUGCAUUGCCAGUUCAUCCCCUUUUUGUCUAUGAUGGACGGCAAAAACCUGCUUUCAAGAGAGGCAAAGCAGUCUCAACCCGCAGUUAUGGCAAUGCGCCGAUCAUCAAACGCUCCAAGGACCUCAUUGAGCGAUUCAGAUUCCCGUGGCAUGAGGCACCCGGUGAGGCAGAGGCCGAAUGUGCUCGGCUGCAACAGGCAGGUAUUGUAGACGCUGUCAUGAGCAACGAUGUCGACGCAUUGAUGUUUGGAUCGUCUUUUACCAUUAUGAAUUUUUCAAAAGAGAGCGGAAGCGGCAGUUCUUCUGCAACUCAUGUCACAUGCUAUGCAAUGGGACAGGAUGGACAUCCGUCAAACAUACCCCUUGACCGGCCGGGAAUGAUUCUAUUCGCUAUGCUCAGUGGAGGGGAUUAUCUACCAUCUGGUGUUCCGAAAUGUGGCAGUAAGCUAGCUGCAGAGAUUGCUAAGGCUGGAUUCGGCGAGGACCUUCUACAGAAGCUUGCGUCGCAAGUAGACGUGGAUACAGGAUUGGGCGAGUGGAGAGAAAGACUCCAGUACGAACUUGAGGAGAACGAGAGUGGUUAUUUUACGAGGAAACACCCAGCAGUUCGCAUUCCAGAAGUUUUCCCAGACCGACAAAUUCUCGAGUACUAUGCCCAGCCCAAAGUUUCGAGCGAUGAGGAAAUGACCUUUUUGAGAAAUCGGCUCGCACAGGCUUGGGAUAAAAAUAUCGACCCCCUAGCAAUCCGAACAUUUGCCGCGGACCACUUUGAAUGGAAUUAUCGAUCGGGGGCAAGGAAAUUGAUCAAGCUGCUGGCAGAGCCUCUUAUCUCGUACAGACUCCGUCUCCAGAGACCAGUUCUAGGCGUGUCGCCUGGUUUUUCAUAUGUGCCCGAUUGCCCAGCUGGUCUGCAAAAGGUGUAUCGAAGCCGGUCAAGCUUUGGCACUGAUGCAGUGCCAGAACUCCAGCUAGAUAUGCUGCCCGCGGAUGUGGUUGGGCUUGAUCUCCUUGCCGAAGAACCAAACCCGCCGUUUCCAUCCGAAACUACUGUGCAAGAAGGCGAGGAAGAGGACGAUGCAGAGGUAGCUGCUGAACCGGUCCCUCCCUCACCAUCGAAGUCUCGGAUAACGAAACGAUUUGAUCCAUUUUCCCUCGAAAAAGUCUGGGUAUUCGAGACUGUCGCAAAAAUAGGUAUUCCUGGGGUUGUGAAAAAUUGGGAGAAGGAACAGGCCGCGAAAGCCGCGAAAGCCGAAGAGGCUGCAGCAAAGAAGAAGACCAGUACUCGACGUACUGGCCCCAAGAAAAAGGGACCGAUUGAUGCUGGAAUGAAACGGGGGAGUAUCUUGAAAUACGGAACUCUCACGAAAGAAAAGUCCGAAUUGUCAACAACUAAAAAAACGCAUUUGUUGGAAGCCGCUACAUCGACCCAGAAUCCCCUUUCCCGGCUUGUUUCUGGUGUUGGGUCUUCUUCGCCCAUAAUUGUGAACCAGGAAGACGAUCCUUUCUCCUCUCCAAGCAUGUAUAAUCAGCAAGGAUCCUCACCGACGACGCACUACGUUUCCCGGGAGGUCGAUAGUCUCCUUGAUUCAUUCUCUUCGAUGUGUAACUUGUCUCCUUCUGCCAAUAUCAAGCGUCAUCCAAUCUCGGACCAGUCUCGCAUCAGAGCAAGACGCACAGUUUUGGGAGCUGGUGGGGUUGAUAUUGAAGAACCGGACGCACUGGACAUGAACACCGAUUGUUCUCCAUCUCGACAAGCAAGGCACAUGGGGCUCAAAGUCAGCUAUUCAGUCUCCGAUGUUUGUGAAUCUGAGACUUUCAUGGAGGACUUCCUAGCCAGAACACCGAUGGCACUGCCUUCUCCAUCUGGGAAGACUCUAUCCAAGUCGAAAAAGAACCCCAGAGUGCAGCGUGAGGAAAAGGCCGAGGUUGAACACAUCGAGAAAGCCAUCGAGUCCCUUUCUCUGUCCCCGGAAAUCGACGAGAGUCAGCAUGAGGACAAUGCAACUUGCUCGUUGCGUAAACCCCCAACGAAGAAGGCACCGCCAGUGAAAAAGCUCGGGCUCGAUCCUCUAAGACCGAAGAUGUCAAACUACCCCGAUCUUGCAGUCAACUUGAAAACAUGCGAAAACAAUGAGACCAACGACGUAAAGAAGUCUCCCAAGAAGACUUCAAAGGAGGUGAUGAGCACAAGUUCGAAGCACAAGACCACGGGACACUUGGAAAACAUUAUAUUACAUGACGGGUUUUGGUCGAUCGACCCAUCUCCGCCUGAACAAGAUCCGUGCGAAGGCUCAACCACCGACAGCCUGGGCACAGCGCGCGGACAGGCUACCAAGAAGAAAAGACUCCCCCGCGUCAGCAUUCUUGACCUCGUCUGA